AUGAGCGGCUUGGAAAGUCAUGUCACAGUUCAGAAGAGGGCCUACUACGCGCCGCCGUGGGCAGAUGUCAGUAUCAUUGGAGUAGCAGGGAGUUCGGGAUCAGGCAAGUCGACAAUUUCACAAGCCAUCGUGAAGAAGUUGAGCUUGCCCUGGGUAGUGAUUCUGUCGUUGGACUCAUUCUAUAAGUCCUUGACUCCGGAACAGUCCAAACUCGCGUUUGCGAACGAAUGGGACUUUGACUCACCAGAUGCGUUUGAUUUCGACAUACUAGUACAGAGGCUGCGGGACCUGAAGGCAGGGAAACGUGCAGAGAUACCGGUGUACUCUUUUGCGAAGCAUGCACGGCUCGAUCAUACGACUACUAUUUACUCGCCUCACGUCUUGAUUUUGGAGGGCAUUUUUGCGCUUCACGAUCCACGAGUCCUUGAGCUCCUGGACAUGGCUCGAGAUGUCCGUGAGCGGGGUCGUGAUAUCGACGGCAUCAUCAAGCAGUGGUUCGGGUUUGUCAAACCAAACCUCCACAAACGCAAAGUGGCCGACCUUAUCAUGCCCCGAGGGAUUGAGAAUCGCGUAGCCUUGGAGAUGAUCUCGCAUUUCAUCGAAAAGAAGCUCUUUGAAAAAUCAACUCACCAUCGUGAAGCACUUGCGAGGCUUGAAAAGGCCUGUCGCCAGGAGCCGCUUUCAGAUCGCGUUGUGAUCUUAGACAACACACCCCAGCUACAGUUCAUGAACACUAUUUUGCGAGACAUCGACACAAGCUCAGAAGACUUCAUCUUCUACUUUGACCGACUAGCAGGCUUGGUCAUCGAGCAGGCCCUUAAUAAUGUGCAGUUCGAGAGCAAGGAGAUCACAACGCCGCAAAACUACAAGUACAAGGGCUUGACUUCGAAAGGCGAAGUCAGUGCUGUGAUCGUACUUCGCGGCGGCUCUGCUUUCGAGUCAGCUCUUCGGAAGACCAUUCCUGAUUGCAGGACUGGGCGGCUCCUGAUCCAGUCCGACCUCUCAACCGGCGAGCCUGAGCUGCACUACCUGCGCUUGCCUGAAGACAUCCACCAACACGAGAGCGUGUUGCUGUUGGAUACGCAAAUGGCAAGUGGAGGAGCUGCGCUCAUGGCCGUGCAGGUCCUCGUGGACCAUGGUGUUGCGCUGGAAAGAAUUGUGCUGGCGACAUACUCUGCCGGCCGCAUUGGUUUGCAUCGUCUCAACACAGUUUUCCCCGAGGUGACAGUGUCGAAGCGUGCCCAACUUCCUAACCACUUCUUCUCUCGCGCCCUCUCAGGCAAACCUCUGCCGCAGGUCAAGUCCAAGGCCCUCAACUACACAUACCGCCUGGCAGCGUGGGUGGGCGCCUCCCUGACGGUGGCUGGCGCAGGCAUUGUUGGCUUCUUUCUGUACGAUGCCUCUACGUACAAGGACUACAGCACGCACAGCGACAUUGACGUCUCGCAGCUUGCCCUCCAGCCGCGACGAGGAGGACCCAAGAACCUCCCGAUAGCCGAUGUCUUCAUUGACGACGAUGACUCGGAAGUCAAACGUAAGCUGAAGCAAAAGCCAAGGCUCGUCAUCUUGGGCGGAGGCUGGGGUGGUGUUGCUAUGCUGAAGGACCUAAAUCCCGACGAGUACCAUGUGACAGUCAUAUCGCCCACCAACUACUUCUUGUUCACGCCUAUGCUUCCGUCCGCUACUGUGGGAACGCUUGAGUUGAGAUCUCUCGUUGAACCAAUCCGCCGCAUCCUCAGUCGUGUCAACGGUCACUUUAUUCGCGCCAAAGCCGAAGACAUCGAAUUCUCGCACAAGCUUAUAGAGGUUGCUCAGACCGACCCAGAGGGCCGCGAAGUACGAUUCUAUGUUCCGUACGAUAAAGUUGUCCUAGCCGUUGGCUCCACCACCAAUCCCCAUGGUGUAAAGGGACUCGAGAACGCAUUCUUCCUCAAGAACAUUGAUGACGCGCGUAGCAUUCGCAACCGCGUCAUCCACAACUUCGAGCUUGCUUGCCUGCCUACUACGUCUGAUGAGGAGCGCAAGCGACUGCUGUCCUUUGUCGUGAGUGGCGGUGGCCCUACUGGAGUUGAGUUCGCCGCCGAGCUCUACGAUUUGCUCAAUGAGGAUCUUUCACGUCACUUCCCCCGUCUAUUGCGAAACGAAAUAUCUGUUCAUAUCAUCCAGAGCCGCAGCCAUAUCUUGAACACGUACGACGAGACGGUAUCAAAGUACGCCGAAGACCGAUUCGCCCGCGACCAGGUUGAUGUUAUGACCAAUGCGCGUGUGAAGGAGGUUCAGCCUGACAAGAUUAUCUUCACCCAGAAGCAGCCAGAUGGCUCGCUCCAGACGAAGGAACUGCCGACAGGAUUCUGUCUAUGGUCCACGGGAGUCGCACCUGCAGCCAUCAGCAAAACUCUUGCCGAGAAGCUAGGGGAGCAUCAGACCAACCGGCAUGCUCUCGAAACUGAUCCCCACCUUCGACUCAAUGGAGCGCCGCUCGGAGACGUCUAUGCCAUUGGCGAUUGUUCAACGGUGCAAAACAAUGUUGCUGAUCACAUCAUUACCUUCCUGCGAAGCACAGCUUGGAAGCGCGGCCUUGACCCCGAAACUGUCCAGCUGCGUUUCGGCGACUGGCGCCAGGUAGCCCAGGAUGUGAAAAAGCGAUUUCCCCAGGCAGCCGACCACCUGAAGCGCCUCGACAAGCUGUUCGCCGAAUUCGAUAAGGAUCACUCGGGCACACUUGACUUUGGCGAGCUGCGGGAGCUGUUGAAGCAGAUCGACAACAAGCUCACCUCGCUGCCUGCAACAGCCCAGCGCGCGCACCAGCAGGGCCAAUACCUCGCCAGGAAGUUCAACAAGAUGGCACAGAUUGCAGAAGGCCUCCACGCCAAUGACAUCCGAGACGGUGACCUGGAUGCGGCGACGUACAAGGCUUUCGAGUACCACCACCUGGGCAGCCUUGCAUACAUUGGCAAUUCUGCCGUUUUUGACUUGGGCGAGGGCUGGAACCUGGCAGGCGGCCUAUGGGCAGUCUAUACAUGGCGGUCUGUGUAUUUUGCCCAGAGCGUCAGUCUGAGGACGCGAUUGCUGAUGGCGAUGGACUGGGCAAAGAGAGGAUUGUUCGGCAGAGAUCUUAUCAGCUUCUAG